GCCCGCGCUUCCUCCCCAGUUUGCUAUCCCCACCCAGUUAGCAGACCCUUCCAGUCCUCAGCUGUCGCCUCUGCUUCAGCUGCAACCGCCACAGGCCCGUGAGGUGUCUGACUUCAUCCGCCUCCGCUGCCCGAUCUUUCUCCGUUGGAGUCCUCAGCCAAGACCGCUGCCAUGCCAGUGACGGUGACCCGCACAACCAUCACGACCACCACCACGUCGUCAUCUUCAGGCCUGGGAUCCCCGACCAUCCUGGGAUCCCCUCGGGCACUGACCCAGCCUUUGGGCCUCCUCCGCCUGCUACAGCUGCUUUCUACCUGCGUGGCCUUCUCGCUGGUAGCCAGCGUGGGCGCAUGGGUAGGAUUCAUGGGUAACUGGUGCAUGUUCGCCUGGUGCUUCUGCUUCGCCGUGACCCUCAUCAUCAUCAUCGUAGAGUUAGCUGGGCUCCAGCAGCGCUUCCCGCUCUCCUGGCGCAACUUCCCCAUCACCUACGCCUGCUACGCCGCCCUCUUCUGCCUCUCGGCCUCUGUCAUCUACCCUACAACCUACGUCCAGUUUAUGGCUCAUGGCCGCUCAAGGGACCACGCCAUCGCUGCCAUCGCCUUCUCCUGCAUCGCGUGUGUGGCUUAUGCCACUGAGGUGGCCUGGACCCGGGCCCGGCCCGGUGAGAUCACCGGCUACAUGGCCACAGUGCCAGGCCUGCUCAAAGUGGUUGAGACCUUCGUGGCCUGCGUCAUCUUUGCCUUCAUCAGCGACUCCUACCUGUACAAGCACAAGCCAGCUCUGGAGUGGUGUGUGGCUGUCUACGCCAUCUGCUUCAUCCUGGCAGCCGUGGCCAUUUUGCUGAACUUGGGCGACUGCACCAACAUGCUUCCCAUCCCCUUCCCCAGCUUCCUGUCUGGGCUGGCCCUGCUCUCCGUGCUCUUCUACAUCUCCGCCAUGAUCCUCUGGCCUCUGUACCAGUUCGAUGAGAAGCACGGUGGCCAACCCCAGAGGUGGAGGGAUGCAAACUGCCGUAGCAGGCACAUUGACUCUGUGUGCCCCUGGGACUGCCGCCUGGCUGUGGCCAUUUUGACAGCCAUCAACCUGCUAGCUUAUGUGGCCGACCUGGUGUACUCAGCUCGUCUGGUUUUUGUCAGGGUCUGAGGUGCUGACCAGGAGCUCCUGAUUCCUUUUUCUUUCUGGAAGUUUCUUUACUGAGUUCUGAUUGCCUUCCUGCCUCCUCUCUCAUCUCCGUCCUGUUCUGCUCACUCUUGCCUCUCACGCCUGCUCUCUCUUCUGUUGCUCUGUCUCCUUCUUGUCCUGUUGGUUUGGUUGCCCACAUCCUGUUUUGUCUCCAUGUUUCCCCCUUUCUCUUUUGAUGCUCUUCUUUUCUACUGGGUCUGUUGUCUGGGUCUUUCCUAGCCAUCCUGUUUGUUUUCUCAUCUGUCUGUUUCCUGAUCACCUCUUCCCAUUUUCCUUCUUCUGAUUUCCUUAGGAUCCCUGAGACUUCUCUGCUCUCCCUCCUCAACCACCAUCACACCAAAGGUGCUGAGCUCCACACCCCACACCCCUCUAUGCAGCUGUUCAGACCCUGGGCCUCCUGACUGGGCCUCAUUGCCAAAGCAUGCCUGCCCACCCUGGCUGUGCCUUAGUAGGUGUGUGUGUCUGUGUGUGCGGUGGGGAGGGGGGGGGAGGCGGGUAGCUAGGGAUUGGACCCCCUUUCUCUCAGUGGAGGGGACUGUACAGUGUACCUCCUCUUGAAGUUAAAAAAAAAUUCCCUGGAGAUCAGUCAUUUCCAGGGGGCACAGACCUCGGGUCUCUAGGCCCCUGCUGGCACUCAGCCUCAUCUGAGAGGUUGGCUCCUGAAUUUCGGCUUACUAAAAACCCACUGCCUAGAGGCCACUGUAAAGGCAGCAAAGGGUAGUGGAUGCCUCCCACCCCAACUCUCUGGGAUAUCAGAGGAGCUGGCAAAGAACCAGAAGGGGCAGUGAUAUGGCCCUCUAGCUUCAGGGUUUAAACUAGCAGGUACUGCCUUUGCAGGGAGCAGAAAAUGGCUGCUGCUGGCCUUAAAGGGAAUGUUAGGUUGGGUUUUUUUUCUUUUUUUCCAGGGCAAACAUUAUUAGGUGGUCCUAUUCUUAAAAGGGAGGUUUCUUUUCAAAUUUUUUAAAUUUGUGGGUGGAUUGGGUAGGUACAUAGAGGAAUUGCAUUGCUUGAGUGUGGGAUAACACACAUGCAUGUUUCUGUGUGCUAGUUGCUUCCUCCUGCUGCUUCCUGCUUCUCUGGGACUCACAUGCAUAACAUGAUAUAUAUAUAAAUGUAUAAAUAUAUUAUUUUUUUUAAUUCCCUGGAGCUUCUGAUUCCCAUCAGCCCCCGCUGUCAAUCAUAGACUGAAGCCUUGUCCCUUCUCCACUCCCACACCCAUAUUUUUUUUUAACCUUAUAUAAAGAUAAAAGGAAGACCUGUGCUUUAUUAUUGGGGAGGGCUCCAGGAAAGAAGGCAAGGCCCAGAUUCCUGGGUCUAGUGGGAGAAGGGGACUGAGGCCAAGCCAAGUUUGACCUCAUCAGAAAAUACUAGCUGAGUCUGGCUGGAUCUUCUAAACAACUCUCAAACCAGGAGAGCUGGUGAAGAUGAAAUGAACAAGAUUUCUCCCUCCUUAGAGUCUCAUGAGCAUGUCAGAAACAUAGUGUCCCAAUAUGAGUGCAGCAUCUUUCCUCCAAAAUCAACUCUUCCAGGUUCCGCAUCUCAGUAAAAGCCUCUUGGGGCUGAGAGCCCAGGCACUUGUUCUUACCAGCUCCUCUCCUGUCAGUCACUCAUCAAACACUGUCUUUUCUUCCUCCUAAAGGCUAUAUCUGUCCCCUUCUCCAGGUUCCUAACCUAGCUUGGGUUUCACGCUUUCACCUGAGCUGUUGCCCCAGCCUCCUUGGAUCACCCUACCUCCAGCCUAGAGGGUGCUUCCAACAUCCAGGUCUGAUCCUGCCGUCCCCUACUCACAUCCUUCCGUAUCCCAUCCCACCUGGCCUAUAGGUAAUACCAAAGCCCUUCAGUGGGCAUUCAAAGCCUUUACCAUCCAACCCUGCCUACAUUCCCACUCUCAGUUCUAAGCUCCCUGUCAAAUCUGGUCAAUAGGGGAGCAAAUGAAUUGGUAAAGAUCAAAUGAA